AUGAAGUUGGGUUCACAAGGAUUAGAGGUGUCUGUGCAGGGACUUGGGUGCAUGGGCAUGUCUGCGUUCUAUGGUCCUCCUAAGCCAGAAACUGAUAUGAUCGUUCUUAUUCACCACGCUGUUCAAAGUGGUGUCACAUUUCUUGACACUUCUGACAUGUAUGGUCCUCACACCAACGAAGUCCUGCUAGGAAAGGCUCUGAAGGGAGGGGUGAGAGAUAAGGUUGAAUUGGCUACCAAAUUUGGAAUCAACCUUGCUGAAGGGAAAAGGGAGAUCCAUGGUGAUCCAGCAUAUGUGAGGGCUGCUUGUGAGGGCAGCUUGAAGAGACUUGACAUCAAUUGCAUUGAUCUCUAUUACCAACAUCGUAUCGAUACUCGUGUGCCUAUUGAAAUCACGAUUGGGGAGCUUAAAAAACUUGUUGAAGAGGGCCAAAUAAAAUAUAUUGGUCUGUCUGAGGCCUCGGCUUCAACAAUCAGAAGAGCACAUGCAGUUCAUCCAAUAACAGCUGUGCAGUUGGAGUGGUCACUAUGGUCAAGAGAUGUGGAGGAAGAAAUAGUUCCAACUUGCAGGGAACUUGGUAUUGGAAUUGUUGCGUAUAGUCCUCUUGGGAGAGGAUUCCUUUCAUCAGGAACAAAGCUGCUCGAGAAUUUGACACAGGAUGAUUACCGGAAGUUUCUGCCCAGAUUCAAACCUGAAAAUGCGGAACAGAAUAAUACUAUAUUUGAGAGGGUUAAUGAACUGGCUACAAGAAAGGGAUGUACUCCAUCUCAACUGGCAUUGGCCUGGGUUCAUCACCAAGGAAAAGACGUGUGCCCAAUUCCUGGAACAACCAAAAUUGAGAACUUUAAUCAAAACAUUGGAGCUUUGUCUGUCAAACUAACACCAGAAGAAAUGGCAGAACUUGAGUCCUUUGCUGCUGCACAUGUUAAGGGUGAUAGGUACGGGGAUGCGGCAUCUACAUGGAAGACAUCUGAUACUCCACCCCUUUCUUCUUGGAAAGCUGUAUAA